AUGGCCUACGAGAAGUUGAAAUUAGCACAAUUUCCACAUUAUACUGUAUUAUUAUUCUUGUUUACUGAUGUUGAUAGUCCGGUACUUAAGCAGGUGAAAGAACAGCUCAUUUCAGGUAAUAAAGAUUAUGACUUUUGUUUCUUAAACACACAACAUAUUAUAUCACUAGAGCAAUUGUAUAAUUCUAUACAUAAAGCAAUAUUAAAUUAUGAAUUCGGUAACAUGAGAGCUAAAACAUUGAAUACGGAAAUUAUAUUUAAUUUGUCACCAAUAAAUAAUAUUAUGGAUGCAUUGAAGAGAUUUGGGGUUGAUGAAGCAUGUCCUAACCUCAUCACAAUAAAAGUAUUACCAACGUCUGAGUGUAAUGAGGUAGCAUGUAAAGAAUUAAACACUCAUCUUAUGAACAUUUUGAGUAUUGACGAUUCACAUAAUCCUACAUUAAAUGAUGAGCUUAUUUUCAAUUCAUUGGUUGAUUUAAAGAAGUUAAAGAAGGUUUAUAAGCUAAAUGAUGCAAAACUUUCUGAAGACAAAAGUAACUUGCAAGGUGAGUUAACUCGCUUGACUAUUGGUGCAUGCCAAUUAAGAGGCUGUUAA